UUGCGGCGAGGUAAGCGAAUCAUACAACGGCAACAAGCUCUUUGAAUUAAUUGUUCCGGAGAAUUUGGCGAUUCCAGUCAUUUUGGAGAGCAACUUCACAAUCAUGCAGCAGACCAAGAGUACGGAGAUGAUGGUGUCUGACGAGAAGAGCGUUACUUUUGGACGUCAGGGACCCUCGAGGGAGAGAAUCAUCACAAUUAUGAUAUUGGCUGUCGCGACGAUCAUUUUCAUCGUUGGAAUCGCGUUGAUUGCUGUUGCAGCAAAAGAAAAAGGAAAAGAUGACGGAGCAUCAGGUACGAAUGCGGCCGCCGCAGCCCCAUCAGACAAAUCAGCGAAAUGUGAUUAUUCAGAGGAAGCAAAACGAGUGGGGCUUGGUGAAUUCCUCGAUAAAGUCAAGUCAUCAUAUUAUAAACUCCAUCCUUAUGUAGUUUAUGAUGACCCAGAUGUCACCCCUGAGAGAAUCAAAAAAGAAUACGUCGCCUACGAUCCGACGCCCUCUCUGAUCAAAAUUCGAACGGACACUUCCUUAAACUUGCUAAAGGAAAUCAACAAGAAGGACAUAAACAAAGCUGCAUUGAAACCAAGAGAAAAGAAAGUUGUGGCCCAAGUGAAACACUAUCUUCAACACGUAUUCGGUCAACCUUUUGAUGUCAACUAUUACGCUGGAGAUUGGAUGAUGGGACCGAACAAACGCUGCUGGCAGGAAAUCUGCAACAUCGGAAGGGCAGUGCAAAACGGACUGGGUCGUUAUUUUAAACCUAAUGAUGCAUCGGAUGUUGAGCUAAUAGAGACGAAACUUAAGACUUUUAACGCUAGCAUUUUGCAGUACAUCGAAAACAUGAAGAUGGGAAUACGUAAAGGAAUGGUAAGAAGUAAGGAAGCGUGCGAGGUUGGAUUUAAAGCUUUAAGAUCCAAGUACAUGAAGGUUUACCUAAACAACGAAACAGGUGUGCUACAAGAAUCAUUUGUUCAACCCCUGUUAAAUCCUAAUUUUUAUAGUGGUAUAACGACAGAAACAGAUAGCGAGUGGGAGAAAAGCCACAAUGGGAAAAAUGUCAGCGACUCUGUAAAAGGAUAUUUGGUGGAUUACCUAGGGAAACCGCUGGUUCAUUUAUUGAGAUACAUCAAGGAUGAACACAUUCGUCACUGCGUUCCAGGUAAUGUAUCCAGCGGUUGGGCUACUCUACCACUCAAACAUGUUUGGCUUGAUGGCAAAGAAAACAAGUCCUGGUCAACAAACCCAUACCUAUCCGAUGAUAAACAACUGAAUGGAUCGCUGGCUUACACCACAAUAUUGUCGUAUUUUACAACAAACGACAUGACCCCGAUGGAAGUUACAGAGCUCGGGAAAAAACUUCUCGACCUUUAUUAUCCAAUGGUUUUAGAAGUUGCAAGGGAGGUAACUGGAGAAGCCAAUAACGAUAUCGCGAAACAGGAGUUUAAGAAAUUGUUAAAUGAUACUUCUAAGUUUGCAUUUAACACGAAACCAAUCCCUGAAAACGAGUCAGGCGAAGAAGCAGAGCGGAAAUGCAGUGAUAUUAAAGGGGCUAAAGAACAUUGCCCUACACGAUGGGCUGCCGUGCAGGCAUGGAUGGAUGAAAUAAGAAAGGUCAUGAGUUUACUUGCACCAAAGACUGUUCCAAUGUUCCAUUUUACUGGAGAUAAGGCAACCACUCCCACCUGUCCAAUUGACGUCCAGCCCAACUUUGAUCCAGCUAUGACAUUCCAGAGCUACCACAGCAGCGACUCUAAUUGCACAGAAAGUGCAACAUUCAAGAUUCCAUUUUUCAGCUUGUUCCCAACGUAUGAAGAAUGGAGUGUUGAUGCCCAUGAGGCCAUGCCUGGACACCAUUUGCAGGUACAGGGACACCUGGAGCAUUUCCUUGAUAGCUGUGGUGGUGCGAUUGCCUGGCUUGAUGGUCGCACCUCUUAUACAGGCUUCAAGGAGGGAUGGGCCUUGUACGCUGAGUAUCCUCUGAUUGGGCGAGAUACAGACAUGUACGACGACGAACCCAUGCAGAAAUACGGAAUGUUGAAGUGGCUGGUGUGGCGAUCUAUCCGAUUGAUCGUGGAUCCUGGUUUGAACUACUAUGGUAUGAAAAGAGAUAAGGUCCUCGACUAUUUUAAAAACUAUGCUUGGGAAGAGUCACCUUUUGUCCUGAGUGAGGCAGUCCGGUACGAAAGCAUUCCUGGACAAGCCACCUCUUACAUGGUAGGACAGGGGAUAAUUCUUGAGGCCAGACAAUAUGCAGAGAAAGAACUGGGAGAUAAAUUCGAUCUGCGGGACUUUCAUUACCAGAUUCUGUCACAAGGAUCGUCACCUCUUGGUUACUUGACGGACCACGUGAAAGAAUAUGUGGCUUGUGUCAAGAAUCAGGCCAGGGAAGGUUGUGACGUAAUCAUGAACCCCCCAAAGAAAAGUUAAGCAAAGAAAACAGUCAAGGCACAAGGUCUCUGGCCAAAGAUGAUUAACUUAAGCGGGUCAUAUAUUACAGAUGAGCUAUCGGUGCAAUUUAUUGUUGUUCGCUGAGUAAAUUUUAAAGCUUUUUAAAAAAUUUGUCUUAAUUUGCAAGAAUUUCUUUCCCCAUUAUUCGAGCUCAAUGAAUACUGGGUUUGAUUGAAAUGCUUAAAAAAAAACUUUCAAUACAGUAUGAUAUGUAGUUAAAUUGCCCUUUGCAUUCAAAAUUGUGGGUUUAAAUCAAUAAACAAACCUAAUUAACAUGAA